UGUCUUUUGGCACACAAGCAAAACUAGACAGCUUUUGUUAAUGUAGUUGUGAGAUCGACAUAGUAAACACACAACAAAUUACGCUAGUGUGCGGCGCGGCAGCCGGUGCACCGCCACACCCGUCGCCCGUUUCUCCCCGCUACGCGACUGCGAACUCUGCGCGCCGCGUCCGCGUCAUUGAAGAACAAGACUCGCUCGAUGGCAGGCGUCCUCCCGCCAAUAUGUAUAAAGAGUUACGCUGCUCUAAUACAAAAUACGCGAUAGUGGAAAAUAUAUGUUAUUCUUAUUUUAUAAAUAAUUUAUUUUUAUAGUGUUGUUUGCAAUGAAGCAUAUUUUUAUUUAUUAGUGAAUGAUAGUUAAUUAUUCUAAAAGCGCCUUACGAGUGUUGUAAUCUCCGUAGUGUGCUCACUGUGAUUGUUUUGUUUCAAAUGUUUUAUGCUAUAUCAAGAGGAUUUGUUGAUACCAAUAGUGUUAGUGAGUUUGUAUGAGUGUCUAUUCGAUCUGUGAUCGAGUGUGUGGUCGAUUUUUUGCCGAGAGUCGAUACAACAACGUGCCAAUUCAUCGGAUACAAUCACAUCACUAUCAACUGUCAUCCGCAACGAAAAACCCUACGAGAACUGAACGACACUGUAACAAAUAUGUGUUGUGAUUUGCAGAUGCUCUCGGUGCAAGUCCCGGGGUGCGCGGGGAUGGAGCGGCUGGGCGCCCCGGCGGGCCCUCGUCUGCGGCACGAGCACCGGCAUCAUGCAUUGGAAUGGGAGAGCCAGCAGCGCUUGCAGGCGAUGGUGGGCCGUCUCCAGGAGAUGGUGGAGCAGGAGUCCCGCGCGAGGUCAGCAGCCGCGGCCGAGCGCCUGGGCCUGCCGCCCAGCAUACCGCUGCCCGACGGCGAGGCCGGCCCCGACAAGCAUCUGCAGAUACGAGUCCCUUAUCAGCAAGCCGAGCUGACGAGGCCGAGCUUCCAGCCUCCACCGAACAAGAGCGUGAGCGACGUGCCGGAGUGGGCGGCGGAGGGCGGCGGCGGGGGCGCGGCGCGGCGCGCGGGGGGCGCGGGCGGCAAGAAGGACGGGCUGCUGCAGAAGGCGACGCGCUGGUGGGUGCGCAUGGGCGCGCGGCCGCCGCACUGCCUGCCCGGCGAGCCGCGCCCGCGCCGCGCGCCGCCGCCGCCGCCGCCGCCCUGCGUCAUGGUGCCGCGCCGCCCGCCCCCCGCGCCGCCCGCGCCCCGCCGCGCCUGACGCGACACACAUUCCACCGCCGCCGCAGCCGCCGCGCCCCCACCCCGCAUCACGCUUACAUUCCAUUAUCGGGACCACCCGAUCCGCCGAGGUGCAAGCGCGUCCCGAAGUAUUAUAGACUUGGUAUUUAUUUAUAUGGGACUGGAGCCAUCGACCGUGCGCGCAGACGUUCUAUGUGAUAUGUGUGAUAAGUCGAUAACGUUGUUUCUUAUUUAUGAGUCGAGUGAUCGCCGGCGCCGCGGGGUCCUUGCCAUCGCGACAGCGAGCGGAGCGAAAACAGCUAGUCCUAAUAAUUUAAUCGGUUUAGAAAUAGUAAUAAUUGUUAUUAUUGAAAAUGUAUUGAUAAGAAGAGGUUUCACUGCCCGCUAGUUGUGUUAGGUGUGUGUCUGAUGCGUCGUGAACCCGACUGCAUGAUGUCUGAUAGCGAGAGUCUGACUGCAUGACUUCUGACAGCAUGAGUCUGACUGCAUGACGUCUGACGGCGUGAGUCUGACUGCAUGACGUCUGACGACGUGGGUCAGACUGCAUGACGUCUGACGACGUGAGUCGUGACUGCAUGUCAUCUGUGUGCGUGUCGAAUCCCGACCACUGUCUCUUGAGUUUCGCAAAAACUAAGACUGAAAUUUAAAAAGAUAUAACACUAUAAAGUCGACAUUGAUGUAUGUUGUCUUAGGUAAAAUUAAUUCAAAUAGAAACUAUUAAAGUAUAUAAUAUUUAAUGAAUGUUUCGAUUGUAAUCGUCGAUGAUAUUGUAUAUUAUGAAAGGUCAGUCAAUAAUAAGCUAAUGUCAUUACAUUAUACUGUACAGUUUCAUGUUUAAGUAAUCUAUUUUAUUAUUUCUAUCCAGCAGCUAAUUAUCUGUAUUUAAACAACUUUUAUAUUUAUAAUUUGUAAUGAUGUAUAAAAUAAUGCAUAUCAGUACAGUAACCGCCAGGAAUAUUAAUUUACAUAGCAUAGUUACUUUUUGUAUUGUAAAUAUUGUCUCUAAUUUAAUAUUAGAUUAAUGUGGGCCUUGCGCCACAAUCCGAGUUUUUCAAUUGAGUGUUGCUACAUUCCAUAUUUAUGUUGAAAUAUUCUGAUACCGUACCUUGAAGCUGCUGUCCUCAACUUGCCUUUUAACUGUACCGUCGACCAUUACCGUGUAGCGAGUCAUACUGAAAAAGCAGAAUAGAAAUCUCACUAGAAAAUAGAUAUUAAUUAGUAAAAUUUGAAAUUAAACUUUGGUUUGUAAUAGGUUUUAAUGACGUUACCUACCAGUCUGUUGGGUGUAGGCGAUACGCAAUACAAUGUACAGUUUCGUAUUGAAAGUGACCCUGUGGAUAUUGCUGUGCAAUAUUAAUGAUAAGGGCUAAUGUUUAAGCAUAUCACUUUUUCAAUCUAGCUGAAAUCUGAAUGAAAUAAUUUCUGUAUGUUUUGUAAACUCAGGUUCUUUUUAUAAUUAUUAUUUCGGUUUGCUGUAACAUUAACUCAACAUUGGCCUUAGCAAUAUACUGAAGAGUAAAUAAAUCGGCGAUAGAAUAGUGAAGUAUACCAUUUUAGGUAUUUAUUAACCAAUUGUAUAUAAAUUAUUUAAGGCACAUAUUUAAAGUAUAGCCUAUAGCUAUGUAGUUAAAAUAAAUAUGAGCCUAAUAUCUACUUAACUAUUCUAUUAUCGAAUUUAGACCAAUGAAAAUAUUUGAAUGUGUUAUAAGUGGCAUUUGUAUCUGAACAGAUAAUUUUACGGCAAACUAUGUUCAAAAUUUGCUUUUGAGAAAUGCUUGAUACAUUAAUUAUUCGAUUUUUGAUGCUAUGCAGAAAAAUAUAUCAACUACCUAUCUGCUUCUUGUAACCUCACUUCAAUAUAGAUAAAUCUCUUGAGUCAUGAAAGAGUAAAGCAGCCAUUGUACAAAAUACUGGUAAAAUAUAAAAGUUGUUUAAAAUAGUUUCGCAGUAAAUAUCUAGAUAACAAACAAUAUUCCAUUUGUCAUAUAAUAAGUAAAAAAAAGCAAAUGUUUAAAAAAAUCUGCAUUAAAUUACGACCUACAAUAAUUAA